AUGAGGCGGCUGAUCUGCAAGCGGAUCUGUGAUUAUAAGAGCUUUGAUGAAGAAGAAUCGGUGGAUGGAAACAGGCCGUCAGCAGCUGCCUCAGCCUUCAAGGUUCCUGCCCCGAAGACCUCGGGGAACCCCGGCAACAGCGGCCGGAAGCCCGGAUCGGCGGGGGGACCCAAGACUGGAGCUGGUGCGUCCAAGGAAGGAGGGGCUGGCGCCGUGGAUGAAGAUGACUUCACGAAGGCCUUUGCAGAAGUCCCUUCUGUUCAAAUCUAUUCCAGUCGGGAGCUGGAAGAAACAUUGAAUAAAAUCAGGGAAAUCCUGUCCGAUGACAAGCACGAUUGGGACCAGCGGGCCAAUGCGCUCAAGAAGAUCCGGUCCCUGCUGUUGGCCGGAGCCGCCCAGUACGAUUGCUUCUUCCAGCACCUGCGCUUGCUGGACGGCGCCCUGAAACUCUCCGCCAAGGACCUGCGGUCCCAGGUGGUGCGAGAGGCCUGCAUCACUGUGGCGCACCUCUCCACAGUGCUGGGCAACAAGUUUGACCAUGGGGCCGAGGCCAUCGUGCCCACCCUCUUCAACCUGGUCCCCAACAGUGCCAAGGUCAUGGCCACGUCGGGCUGUGCAGCCAUCCGCUUCAUCAUCCGGCACACCCAUGUGCCCCGGCUCAUCCCCCUGAUCACCAGCAACUGUUCUUCCAAGUCGGUGGCGGUGAGGAGGCGGUCCUUCGAGUUUCUGGACCUUCUCUUACAAGAGUGGCAGACCCAUUCCCUGGAGAGACACGCGGCCGUGCUGGUGGAGACCAUUAAGAAGGGGAUCCAUGAUGCCGACGCCGAGGCCCGAGUGGAAGCCAGAAAGACGUACAUGGGCCUCCGAAACCACUUUCCCGGCGAGGCGGAGACCUUGUACAACUCCCUGGAGCCAUCCUAUCAGCGCAGCCUCCAGACGUACCUCAAGACCUCGGGGAGCACCGCGUCCCUGCCCCCCUCAGACCGAUCCUCCUCCAGCUCCCAGGAGAGUCUCAACCGCCCGUUCUCCUCCAAAUGGUCUGCGGGGAGCUCCUCGGCCGGCCCCGGGAGAGUGUCUUCCGGUAGCGGCAAAACGACGGGGACUCCCGGAAGUCUUCAGCGGUCCCACAGCGACAUCGAUGUGAAUACCGCCGCAGGAGCCAAGGCCCGCCAUGUCGCUGGGCAGGCGGCUGGCGGCAGCAGCGGGCGCCUGGGCCCCGGGGGCCUCACCCCUGGAUCUUACGCUUCUCUAGAGGACGCAUCGGACAAGACAGACGGGACAGCUUCCGAAGAUGGUCGCGUGCGGUCCAAGCUCUCCACCGUGGCCAUGGGCACGGCCAACUCGAAGGCGGACUCCAGGGGGCGCAGCCGGACGAAGAUGGUGUCGCAGUCCCAGCCUGGCAGCCGCUCUGGGUCUCCAGGAAGAGUUUUAACCACCACCGCCCUCUCCACCGUGAGCUCAGGAGUUCAGAGGAUGCUGGUCAGUCCCGCGUCGGCCCAGAAACGAAGCAAGAUCCCGCGGAGUCAGGGCUGUAGCCGGGAGGCCAGCCCGUCGCGCCUCUCUGUAGCGCGAGGCAGCCGCAUCCCUCGCCCCAGUGUGAGCCAGGGCUGCAGCCGGGAGGCCAGUCGGGAGAGCAGCCGGGACACGAGUCCAGUCCGCUCUUUCCAGCCCCUGGGCGCGGGCUACGGCAUCGGUCAGUCCAGCCGCCUGUCCUCCUCGGUCAGCGCCAUGCGCGUCCUCAACACGGGCUCCGACGUGGAAGAAGCCGUCGCGGACGCCCUGAAAAAGCCGGCGCGCAGGCGGUACGAGCUCUACGGCGGCAUGUACUCCGACGACGACGCCAACAGCGACGCCUCCAGCGCGUGCUCCGAGCGCUCCUACAGCUCCCGCAACGGCAGCAUCCCCACCUACAUGCGGCAGACCGAGGACGUGGCCGAGGUGCUCAACCGCUGCGCCAGCUCCAACUGGUCCGAGAGGAAGGAGGGCCUGCUGGGCCUGCAGAGCCUGCUCAAGAGCCAGCGCACGCUGAGCCGCGUCGAGCUGAAAAGAUUGUGUGAGAUUUUCACCAGGAUGUUCGCUGACCCUCACAGCAAGGUCUUCAGCAUGUUUCUGGAAACGCUGGUGGACUUCCUCCAAGUCCACAAAGAUGACCUGCAGGAUUGGCUCUUCGUGCUGCUCACUCAGCUGCUGAAGAAAAUGGGUGCGGAUUUGCUCGGCUCCGUGCAGGCCAAAGUGCAGAAAGCCCUCGACAUCACCAGAGAGUCCUUCCCCAACGAUCUCCAGUUCAACAUUCUCAUGAGGUUCACUGUGGAUCAAACCCAAACGCCAAGCCUAAAGGUCAAAGUUGCCAUCCUCAAGUACAUCGAGACGUUGGCCCAGCAGAUGGAUCCGGGGGAUUUUGUCAACUCCAGCGAAACGCGCCUGGCCGUGUCUCGGAUCAUCACCUGGACCACGGAACCCAAGAGUUCUGAUGUUCGGAAGGCAGCUCAGGCGGUGCUCAUCUCCCUGUUUGAGCUCAACACUCCCGAGUUUACUAUGCUGCUCGGAGCUCUACCAAAAACCUUUCAGGAUGGUGCUACCAAACUCCUCCACAAUCACCUUCGGAACACGGGCGGCGGCAGCCAGGGCUCGAUGGGGAGUCCCUUGACAAGGCCUACUCCACGGUCCCCAGCCAAUUGGUCCAGUCCUCUUACGUCCCCCACCAAUACGGCCCAGAAUACCCUGUUACCGAGCGCCUUCGACUACGACACAGAGAACAUGAACUCGGAGGACAUCUACAGCUCACUUCGGGGUGUCACCGAGGCCAUCCAGAACUUCAGCUUCCGCAGCCAGGAAGACAUGAACGAGCCGCUGCGGAGGGAGUCCAAGAGGGAGAGCGACAGCGAGACGAUGGGCGGCGGGCCUGGCCUGGCUGACCCCCGCGCCGGCGGGGACGCUCCUGACGGCAAGCCCCCACCGCUCGGCACGACGGCCCCCCACUCCUCGCCACGCUCUCGGGACUACAACCCAUACAACUACGCUGAUGGCGUCGGCCCCUUCAACAAGUCGGCCUUGAAGGAAGCCAUGUUCGAUGACGAUGCUGACCAGUUUCCUGAUGACCUGUCCCUGGACCACUCGGACCUGGUGGCUGAGCUGCUCAAGGAGCUGUCCAACCACAACGAGCGCGUGGAAGAGCGCAAGAAUGCCCUGUGCGAGCUGCUCAAGCUCACCCAGGAGGAUGCGUUCGGGGUCUGGGAUGAGCACUUCAAGACCAUCCUGCUCCUGCUGCUCGAGACGCUUGGGGACAGAGAGCACUCGGUCAGAGCUUUGGCCCUCAGGGUCCUGAGAGAAAUCCUGAGGAACCAGCCGGCCCGGUUUAAAAACUAUGCAGAACUGACCAUCAUGAAGACCCUCGAGGCCCACAAGGACCCGCACAAAGAGGUGGUGAGGUCCGCCGAGGAGGCGGCGGCCAUGCUGGCCACGUCCAUCAGCCCCGAGCAGUGCAUCAAGGUGCUCUGCCCCAUCAUCCAGACGGCCGACUACCCCAUCAACCUGGCCGCCAUCAAGAUGCAGACGAAGGUGACCGAGCGGGUGUCCAAGGAGAUGCUGGCCCAGCUCCUGCCCGAGAUCGUGCCGGGCCUCGUCCAGGGAUACGACAACUCGGAGAGCAGCGUCCGGAAGGCCUGUGUCUUCUGCCUCGUGGCCAUCCACGCGGUCAUCGGCGAGGAGCUGAAGCCCCACCUCAGCCAGCUCACGGGGAGCAAAAUGAAGCUGUUAAAUCUGUACAUCAAGCGCGCGCAGACGGGCUCCGGCGGGAGCGAGCCCGGCAUGGCGUCCGACGUGCCUGGGCAGAGCUAGCGAGCGGAGCGCGCCGAGGCCGAGCGGACGUUUCCCCCUUUUGUUUGCCCGGUGGCUGCGCGCAGCCUGCAUGUCCCCGUCACAGUAGUGGUUCCGACCCAGGACGCAGUAUUACUCUCGGUUCAUGGAAACGGAAGCAUUUGUCGCCCCUCCUGGUCCCCGCCGCGCCUCGCCGCCCCCACUAACCCCUGCCAGUGUUACGAGUGUCCCCAUUUUAAUGCUGAUUAAACAGGAAUGCCCGGAGCCUCUCCUCGGCUGCUCUUCGGACCUGGCCUUCUCCUCGCUCUCGUGGCCUCGCAGAGGGGGGCGGCCGGACCCCGGGGAGGGGCCGAGGCCGGAGCGAGCGGGGCCGGGGCCGGGGCCAGGCCGGCUCCUCCGCUCUUCCCCGGCCGCUCUACCUCCGGGACUCGCCGAGCUGGGCCCGCGCCGGACGCUGCGAGGUUGGCCCCGGGGCGAGGUGGGACGGGUCUCCCGGAGCGGCCAGUUACGGAGCUGGACAGACGGACUCAGAGCCCUGUCUCUGGCGCCGCCCGCCCGCCCCGCGUCGCCGCGUUUUCUUGUCAGCGUCCCGCCAUCGUGUAUUUAUGGUUCUGUGCUGCCCAUUGUGCAUACCUGCAAUAAAAUGUACAUAACGUCA